AUGUCUGUACCAGAACUAUCGAAAUAUGCUACGUCUCUUCAGAGCCAUAUGAAGCAGCGUUAUCUCCAAAACAUGGAGAAAAUCAGCAUUGAUCCAGUCAGCAUCCCAGAUGACGAACUUGAUCCAGAGUGUUUAUCUCCGAUAGAGCAGUCUGACUUGUUUUGUUUCUUGGUUCUGGAAACCAGUUAAUAUACAAAUGAUCAAUGAUAAAAAUUAGUCUCAGAAAAACACGUAGUUUUAGCCAAAGUUCGUUAG